AUGUCGAUGAGAUGCCUGAAAGUGCUCGAUCUCUCAGAGAACUAUAUCGGUCCUGGAGCUUGCAGAGCAAUUGCUGAAACAUUGAUUUUACGCUCAAAGCAAAAGCUUUUGGAAAAAUUGGAGCAUUUGAAUCUGAGAUGCAGUGGCAUCGAUGAAAACGGAAUGAAGGAUUUGGUCAAAGCUUUCAAAUCAAACCGGAACUUGAAAAUCCUUAAUCUUAGUAGAAACAGUCUGAAGCUGGAUGGUGCCAAUCUACUGGCUGAGGUGCUGCCUGAAUUGCGCCUUCUGGAAGUGCUCGAUCUUGGCUCGUGCGAUUGCAGCGAACGUGGGAUACUCAAAAUUGUUGCGAGUCUAAAUUCGUCUCAGCAUUUACACUUAAAGGUACUGCUUUUCACGUCUGCGUACUUCCAGUACUGGACGAGGGCGACACAAUGA